AUGUUCCCUGAUGUCGCUGAACUAAAUGGCUCGUCCAUCAUGAACAAGCAACGUAUAGCUGCUGAACGUGUGGACGACUCGGAUGAAGUGUCCUCCAUAAUCACCGAUAAGAUGUCGUCGCUGAGUUCAGAUCCCGGUGGAAGCUGUCCCGCAACUGGUGUAACACAAGGGGGUCCUGUCAACAUGUCUUUCCAUCGUGCCUUCGCCCGAGUCGUCUGCAACUACAACAAGAGUAUAGAAGGCUCCGUCCCCUGGUACCAAGUGAAGCGUGAGAAGUCGCCAUUCCAACAGGUGUGGGAUGAAGUCUUCACACCAAUUUGGUUCAAGCUUGUCAAGGGACCAUAUGAACGUUGGGAGUACAACGCACUGGUCGCCCGUUACAGAGGCAUGGGCAUCAUGGCUGAUGACGCGAUGAAUGACAAGGAUAUGAUCGUUGAACGAGCGCUUGAUAUCAUUCCUGAGGACAUCCGUAUACAGAGAUAUAGGCGUAUGAUGAGAGGCGCGGUCCUGGCCGGUCGUAAGCUCCAUCUCCCACUAGAACUCCAAAACUACGAUCCUAUGGUGCCCUACAUGGCCCCUUAUAUCGAGGAAGCUAAGUUCCAAAUGCAGGAGGAACAGGAGCUGCUGGCUUACCAUCCUUGGGAUCGGCGACUAUACACCGCAGGCGUCUCUGGUUUUGGCGAGACUUCGAUGCAUUCGACCUUCUUGACUAUGUAG